UUCAUGGUAUGAGCGGCUCCCCGCUGUGAUUUUCCAGAAACUCAUCUCAAUCUUUAUUUAUUUUUUCUCUUUUCCAGUAUUCCUAAAUCUAAAUGGAAUUAGUUGAGCCUGAAGCCGUUUGUGAAAGGAACAGACAUGGUACAUGGGCACAGUUUCCAUCACGUAGUUGCAAGUCUUCUCAUACUUGGGUUGUCUGGGGCAACAAAGAAGGAUACAGCAGCAAAGAACAAUUCUGGAGUGAAGCCUGCAGGUCAAUGUGGAACUUGGGUGAAAGAACCAGACGGAGGGAUCUUCACUUCUCCCAACUACCCGAACAAGUACCCCCCAGACACCGAGUGUGUUUACAUCCUUGAAGCACCCCCGAGGCAGUGUAUCGAUCUGCAUUUUGAGGAGAAUUACUCCAUCGAGUCCUCUUGGGAAUGUAAAUUUGACAACAUCGAGGUUCGGGAUGGACCCUUUGGCUUCUCCCCAAUACUCGGACGCUACUGCGGUCAGAACAGCCCGCCCGAUAUCAGGAGUAGCGGCCGAUAUCUGUGGAUAAAAUUUGUUACAGAUGGAGAACUGGAAGCGGUGGGAUUUUCAGCAAGUUACAACUUCACUCCAGAUCCAGACUUUGCAGACUUGGGAGUUCCCCCACCUCUGCCCUCCUGUCAGUAUGACAUGGUCGGUCCAGAAGGUAUCGUGGAGUCUCAUCAGAUCACCAGAGAUGGGAAGGCUGGCCCUACCGAGGCCGUCGACUGCAAAUGGUACAUCCGUGCUCCGCCACGCUCCAAGAUCUACCUGCGUUUCCUCGACUAUGAGAUGGCCAACUCCAACGAGUGCAAGCGCAACUUUGUGGCAGUGUACGACGGCGGCAGCUCGGUGGAAGACCUCAAGAGCAAGUACUGCUCCACGGUGGCCAACGACAUCAUGCUGGUUUCCACGCUGGGCGUCAUCCGCAUGUGGGCGGACGAGAACAGCCGCAAGAGUCGCUUCCGCAUCCUUUUCACAACCUACCAAGAACCUCCUUGUGAUGCUGAUGCCUUCUUCUGUCACAGCAACAUGUGCAUAAACAGCACACUGGUGUGUAACGGCAUGCAGAACUGUGUCUACCCCUGGGAUGAGAACCAGUGUAAAGAGAAAAGGAAAGCCAACAUCCUCGACAACCUGAACAACACAAACGGGACCAUCAUCGGUGUCACCUGCUGCAUCGUCCUCAUCCUCCUCAUCGUCUCCGUCAUUGUCCAGAUCAAGCAGCCCCGUAAGAAGUACAUCCUGCGGCGUGAGGACUUUGACCCCACCAUGUUCCAGGAGGUGUUUGAGCCGCCUCACUACGAGCUGUGUACAUUACGGAGUGCCACCGCAGCCGCAGCGGCAUCGGCAGACUUAGUCGACCUGGCGGAAGACUUUGAGAACUACCACGCCCUUCGCCGUGCCUCCUCACGCUGCAUCCACGACCACCACUGUGGGUCCGCCUCCAACCCCGGCUCCGCCCACUUAUCCCAGCUGUCACUGAGCGGACGAGGAAGCCGCGGGAACUUGAGCGGCCGAGACGGAGGCACCCUGCUCACGGACCUUCCACAGCCGCCCAUGGCAGUGCGGCCAUUGCUGCCGGCCACGUCAAACCGCAGGAGCAUCUUGGUCAUGAAGCACAGCUACUCACAGGAGGCGGCGGACAAUGGAUGUGACCUGGAUGAUGACAUGGAAGAAGUUCCCACCACCAGCCACCGGCUUUCACGCCACGAAAAGGCAGUACAGCGACUUCUUGAGAAUAGUGAGAUCCUGGAUCAAUACGAACGGGCGUCACUGACAUAUGAAAGAGCGGAGAGGAGAUUUACACCAGCAUGAUGAUGCUGAUGGUGAUGAUGAAGAUGAAGGGACACUGUGACGACUGAAUGUGUGUCCAUGUGCAAAGACCAACACAAAGGACAGUUACGACAAUGUUAAACUCAGCUCUGUGCUCUACAAACUGUAGGCAGUCCAGAUUCUUUUGUGCUGCUGGUACAAUAUGGACCUUUACAAUGAACGUGAUUAUUGACAUUUAAAUUUGGGACGUUAGUCAGGAUCAUAUCUGUCAUCGUCCUCGCUGAUAGCAAAGUUAAUGUGGUUAAACAUCUUCAACAUCAUUUCGAUGCAUGUCUUUUUCAAAUGAGUAGCAUACAUGUUUUGAUUUUGAUAGCAAAUUAUAGAGGGAAGAUUUACAUCAUAAGAGAAAAUUGGAGUUAAACUAAAUAAAUGACUAACCUAAUUAGAUUUUAAUUUUAUUUGAAUAACCAGAAGCUGUUUAAUUUGAAUAAUUAUGUGAGGUCCAGUUGGACGGCUUGUGCAUGCCUCUUUUAUAUCCAUUUAAACAAUAACAUACUAAGAAUAACAUAUGAAAGGCCCCCAUCCUCUAAUACUAAAAUCAUAUGGGCAUUAGAAGUGGUUAAAAUAAAGCGUCUUAAAAAAUGUAUUAAUUACAUUGCAUGCAGUCGCUUUGCU